AUGGCACCAACCCAGUCCGAGGACAACAAUCCUUUAGCAGAGUACAAGCUGAAGAAGUACCUUCUUCUACUGGCCACUCUGGUUGUGGCGGUGACAUACGUUGCCGGCCUCAACCUGCCAGGAGGAGUCUGGCAGGACGACGACACAAAGGAUGCUCAUCACCUCGCCGGUGACCUAAUCCUUUUGGACACCCACCAUGGCCGAUACCUCACCUUCUACUACUGCAACGCGACUGCGUUUGCGGCCUCCGUCGUGGUCUGCCUGCUCCUCCUCAUCCUGCAGGAGGGCAACAACGGAGUCUGUGGAACUGUGCUCCGGGUGGUCAUGGUUCUCGAUUUACUUGGACUCAUGGGGGCCUACGCCGCUGGAAGCUGCCGCGAUGCUUUCACAACCAUAUACUCCACACUGGUAAUGUCUGUUGUCUUGGCCUAUGCCGUGCUUACUUUCUCGCUUUAUAUCAUCUCCAAGCUAGAGAAAUGUAAAGAUGAUAAGCAGCAGCAAAAGGAGGAUCAUGAGAGCCAGAGCCCGAGCCAGAGCCGGGAAGAAAAGGACGAGGUCGCAAGUAGCGAGGUCUUGAUGCUACUUGCGACCUUUGCACUGUACGGGCUCAUCGUCGUCGCGCUCUUUGGCCUCGUUGGGGCCUAUGCUGCUGGGAGCUGCAGAGAGAUUGAUACUACUAUCUAUGUAGUCUCUCUGAUCGGCGCAGUUCUUGCAUACAUCUUCCUCCAAGUGGCGAUUACUAGAGCUGCUCAACGAUGUCGUCAACCAAGCACAAGGGAAAUCAAUGGCUCGCCAGGAACACCCAAUGUACCACAUGGGCCACCUGGUAGCAGCAGGGAUAGAGGACAAGAUGAUGUAGGACUUCCACUCAAAAAAGAUGUUGGACUGGAAAAGGCUCAUGAUCUUGUUAUUUUGCUUGCUACCCUUGUUGCGAGUGUCACUUACCAAGCUGGACUAGAUCCACCGGGCGGUCUGUGGUCAGACAACCAGGAUGGCCACCAUAAGCAACUCAGCAGCAUUUGUGGCAUCCUUGGUUCUCAUCCUUAUGGUGAAGUGCGAAUUCCUAGUUAUGCGCCGCUCACUGGAGGCAGCCAUGUUAGUGGAUCUGUUUGGACUCAUAGUUGCAUAUGCGCAGGGUGCUGCAGGGAUGUGAGCACCUCCAUAUAUGUCGUCGCCUUGGCUGGUGCCGUCCUUGUCUACGUGGUGAUUCAUAUCAUCUUCUUCACACUAGACAAAGACGACAAACAUGGAAAUGCUCAUGAGUUGGACAGUAAACGGGAGGUGUUGCUGCUCCUUGCAAUCUUAGCUGCUACAGACACUUACCAAGCUGGGCUGACCCCGCCAGGCGGCUUCUGGUCAGCGGAUGACGAGUUUGGUCAUCGUGCAGGAUUCCCAGUCCUUCUCAACAACUACCCUGACCAUUACCAAGCCUUCUUCUACUGCAACGCCACAAGCUUCAUGGCGUACGUGGCCCUGAUUGUCCUGCUAGUGAACCCAAACCUGUACAUGCCAGGCAUACAAUGCUAUUUGUUCUUUGUGUGCAUGGUUGUGGGCUUGUUUGGAUUAAUGGGCGCAUACGCUGCAGGAAGUUCCCGGCAACUGCAAACUUCUAUCUAUGUCUUGGUAUUGUUUGCUCUGGUUUUCACUUGUGUAACCUCGUGGGUGGUCAUUCUCUUGAUUGGACGACUUAUGGAACAUCGUCGUCAUAAUAAAGGAGAUGGGCCAUCUGUUGGCGACGGAGGCGUAGCCCGCACUGAUAAUACUGAUGCAGCCCCUGAACAAGACAACGACAAGGAGGAGAUGAAGAAGAAGGAGGAGGAGAAGAAGGAGUACUUGACGCUGCUAGGAGUCCUGGCAGCGAGUGUGGCAUACCAAUCUGGUCUGAAACCACCAGGUGGCCUCUGGCAGGACAACAAGGAUGGUCCGGAUGGACACUCUGCAAGCAACUCAAUCCUCCACGACAUUGACAAAAGUCGCUACCAUGAUUUCUUCUAUAGCAACUCCACUUCAUUUAUGGUGUCCAUCGUCAUCAUUGUCCUGCUGCUUCCAUUGCAUGAUGAGUUGCCGCUACGCCCACUGCAUAUGGCCACUUUGCUAGAUUUGGAUGGCCUCCUGGUUGCUUACACAGCAGGCAGUACCAGAGACUGGGAGAUGUCUAGGAAUGUCAUUGCUCUGGUAAUUCCCUUGCUGGUCUAUAUUGCAUCCUACGCAGUAUACACCUGGUACCGACGAACAAAGUGCAGCGACAGCCGACAGCCAAGGUCUGCCGACAGCGAGAUGACAAAAGUUCAGCAUGGAGGCAAUACCAAUGAUGUUGUGGAGAACUUGUCGUGA